GCCCCUAAGGUGCCAAAUCCAUAUAACAUAGAGAGGACGAAAGGCAUCCAUAACUGUCAAAGGCAAGGAUAAGUAACAGUCAUCAGACGUGAAACUCAACAUGGCACAGGGCCAGCUACCAAACAACUCUUUGAAGAACAGUUCGAUCCCUGUGUUCACUGGCCUUGACCUCCUCUUCGACCUGAAACCCCUCUUCAUUCCCCUCUAUGCCACUCUGGUGGCUGUGGCUUGCACCGGCAACUUGCUCCUCAUUCUCCUUAUCGUUGUCACCAAAAAACUGCACAGCACCACUAACUUCCUUAUUGGAAACCUGGCUGCAGCUGACCUGAUCAUGUGCAUUUUCUGCGUCCCACUGACUGCAUCCUAUGCCUUUGAGAUCCGGGGCUGGAUCUUUGGGGUGUUCAUGUGUUACUUUGUCACCCUGAUGCAGACUGCCACUGUAUUUGUGUCUGUGCUGUCCCUCACAGCUAUUGCAGUGGACAGAUAUAUUGUUGUUGCUUACCCCAUUCGCAAAAGGCUAAGUCGCAAGUCCUGUGUCUACAUAGUGGCCUUCAUUUGGUUACUCUCCAUUGUGGUUUCUGUGCCUACAUCCAUGCACACCCAUUAUCUGGAUCUCAACAAGAUUGGCCAUGACAUGUUCAUCUGUGAAGAAUUCUGGAAGCACCAAGAGAAAGAAAGGCUGCUGUACUCAUGCUCAAUGCUCCUUUUGUCCUACAUGCUCCCACUUUCUGCAGUAUCUAUCUCCUACUGUGCCAUUUCUUAUCGCCUUAGGAAGAGGAAUGUCCCAGGGGCUGCCUACCACAACCAAGAGAAAUGGACCAAUAAAAAGCGAAAGACCUUCCGAGUUCUCAUUAUUUCAGUUAUGUGCUUUGCUGUCUGCUGGCUACCUCUGCAGGUGGUGAACCUCAUCAGAGAUGUAGACGAGGAGUUUGCCAUCUUGGACAAGAGGUACGUGAAUGUCAUUCAAGUGUCAUGUCACUUGAUCGCCAUGAGCUCUGCCUGUUAUAACCCUUUCAUUUACGCCUCACUCCACGACAAAUUCCGAUUCCAUGUUAGUAACUAUUUUUGCCAUCCCAAGAAGAGGUCCAGCAUCAUGUCCCGCAAGGCCUCGCGACUCAAUACCUGCUCCACGCUGGCAGACAUUCCUAUGGGCAUCACCGAUAAGUUAACUCUGCAAGACAGGUUUUCUUUUAACUAA